GUUACUAUUCUAAAUUUAGUUUCUCUCUAUAAUCUUCCGGUACUUUUAUAUUUUUAACUUUCGGCAUGCCAGUCUGUGAAACAUGCGAAGGCGAGGACUAUGAAGAAAUUGAUGGUUUCUUUUAUUGCACAACGUGUCAAACACAAUCUCAGGCUUUUCGUGUAGAAGAGGUGGAGGAUGACUUUAAUACCCAACCGUCAAGGUCAUUGCGGCUCAAAGCAAAAACGGUCAAGACAAAGUCAACUCGGCAACUGACAGACAUAGAGAAAGAGUUUGGUCGACCAUGGCACACAUAUGAAGCUUACCAAAAAGUUAUCAAAAAGCAAGUGAAAACUCUUAUUGCAAUGGGAGCAGACCCUGCUUUAAAGGAUGUAGUUUUCAGGAUCUGGUGUAAAUAUCUCUCCCUCACUGGGAUAGCAUUCCCAGAGGAUCAAGCCAAACAAAAAACUGUAUUCUCAGGAUUCCAAAGAAAUAGAGAAGUAUACCCACCUACCAUAGAGAAUCCAGUUGUUCCUUUGGUCAGGUCCAAGAAGAAACGUCUACAAAAAUUUGGACUGUCGGUCUCCAAGAUCAGAAGGCUGCAGGAGCAACAAGUGAUGAUGGAAACCCUGAAGGGUAAAGAGUUUUACGAGGGAGACAACCCACUGGAGGAGUUGUCAAUCAAUGGAGAUUCAGAUAGCGAUGAGGACUUCCUGGGGUCAGAGGAAAACUGUAUUGUUGAAAGGAAAGAAGUGACCAUAAUGGUGAGGACACAAUGGAUGUCUAUGUUUAAAACUCUGUGCUUCUGUCUUCUUGGAAUGAGGAUCCUAAAAUGCCUAGUCACAGCUUCAGAUAUUGUAAGGUGGGUGAAACAAGGUCUCCUUCCCUAUAUGCAGGUGUCCACAACACUGCCAGCUAAUAUGAAGUUUUGUUUUCUUGACAACAAUGCCUUUCAAACAAAAGUGCCACGCGUGGAUAAAAUGUACAAAACCACACAGAAACUACUUGACUAUCUUGAACUGAGGGAUGUCCAAAUUCAAGUACCAACACCUGUUCUGAUUAGCAAGUUUAUUGUUCUUCUAAAUCUGCCAGCGGAGUUGCAUGGUUUCUGCCAGAGAUUGCACAUGAUGAGAGUGGAGAAAAUCAAAGAACAAGAGGGGAUAGAGAUCUGUGAGAGCAACGAAGUCCUGGCCAUGAUGUGCAUCAUUACAACGCUACAGCUGAUGCUGGGCCUGAACGAUAGAAUGGAAUGGGAGCUUUCCAAAUGUGCUAAACAGAUAAUGGAGAUUCCAGGCUUUGAGCACCGCCUGUUUUGCUGGGACCAGUGGGUGUCCUACACCACCGACCAUAAACUGAGUGGUACCUACUCCUGUGUCCUGACCGCACAGUUUGACCCUAGAUCAGUCAAAGAUAUAGACAGAUAUGUGGAGGAAUUGAAAUCCCUGAAGAAAAAUGUCAGAAAGAUGAACGACAAUUGUAGAAAGAGAUGUGAAAAUAGACUAGUGAGAGAGGAAACCAUAUCUGCUAUUAAAAGACCAAUUAAUCUACUUUUGGAGAAAGUGAAAGAGAAGGAGAAAAGACAUCCCAAGCCUGGCAGUGGGAGGGAGUCCAUGGCAGCUGAACUGUUAGAGAAGGAUCCAAUGGGGUAUUUCAUGGGGGAGUAUGAUGAGAAAUUAAUGGCCGAAAGUGAACCAGAGACCAUUUCAUUUAAACCAUGCAGCCUGAAGUAUAUCACACAACCCAGGUCGUUUGUCCAGGAGUUGGAGAACUGUGGAUUAGAUGAGAGCACCAUCUACAGUUCCUGCUUAGAAAGUUCAGAUGAAGAUGAUAACAAAGAAAAUGACAAUGAAAAAUGUGACGAAAAUGAUGAGGAUUUUCACCAGUUGUCAAGUAGCAGGAGAAGAAACAAGAAAGAGAAGAAGACGAGAGUGAGAGAAAAACUGUCCAGGAUAGUUGAUUUAAACCAAUCGGGAAAUGAAAAGUUUGAUAAGAAAAAACUCUUAGAGAUUUCAGAUAUUGUCCUAAGUGUGCAUAAGAACUUUCCACUGGUCGAUCCAAUGAAUGCCUCUACCAACCAGAGCGCUUCUCUUCAGUGGCUGAUACAAAUUUGUGCAGAAGUAAUUCAGUGUUCAGUGGAAGUUUUACAGUCAGAGCUGGUGAGGUUUCAGAUCUCCAUGUUUGGUGAAGAUGACACAUUACAGACAAACCGCAGAGAAUUUUUGCAAGAUGUUGCAAAUCAAACAUAGUGUCUCCAUUCAAUAUAUAACCAUUGUUGUUUUAAAGUAAAGUUCUAAGAAAGAAAGUUGGAUUUUAAUUUUUUUCAGUGUAAAUUGAAAUAAAAUAACAACAUGUACGGUACUGUAAA